AAAGCGCGCUCUCUCUCUGCGGAUGAGUGCUUGCUGCUGUGUCUUUACGUUCCAUUCUGAGAAACGCUGAAAACUCCAUUCCAUCCAUUUCAAGCAUUAGACCUUACGCUUCUUACAACUUUACCUCUCACACACUCAUUCGCGAAUACAUUUAUUAUUGACCGUCUCUGUUAUCUUUGAAACGCUGUUUGAGAUUGCACCGGUGGUCAGAACUUGAAUUAUCAUAAGCAAAAUGGGAGGAAAGUCGUCGCUUGCUCACUGAAGUUGGAGGCUCUCCUUGUGGAAGGAAGAGGUGGCGGCAACACCACGAGCUCACUCUCUGAGAAAGAGUGGGCCCAUCCUUACCUGCACACGGUUCCUCCUCCAUCGAGGUGGGCUAAGAUGAGUAUAACCAGCGAUGAAGUGAACUUCUUGGUCUACAGGUAUCUUCAGGAGUCAGGUUUUUCCCACUCAGCGUUCACCUUUGGCAUCGAGAGCCACAUCAGCCAGUCCAACAUCAAUGGAACGCUAGUGCCCCCUGCUGCCCUCAUAUCCAUCCUGCAGAAAGGCCUCCAGUAUGUGGAGGCGGAGAUCAGCAUCAACGAGGACGGCACCGUGUUCGACGGGCGGCCCAUCGAGUCCCUGUCGCUCAUUGACGCGGUGAUGCCGGACGUGGUGCAGACGCGACAGCAGGCCUUCCGGGACAAGCUAGCCCAGCAACAGGCAGCCUGCGCCAUGGCAGCCGUCGCCGCCAGCAACCAGCCCAGCGCACCAAAGAACGGCGAGACGGCGGUGAACGGGGACGAGAAUGGAACGCACGCCAUGAAUAACCACAACGAGCCCAUGGAGAUGGAUGUGGAUGUGGAGAUCCCAGUCAGCAAGGCCACUGUCCUGCGAGGACACGAGUCAGAGGUGUUCAUCUGUGCCUGGAAUCCUGUCAGUGACCUGUUGGCCUCAGGGUCAGGAGACUCGACAGCCCGCAUCUGGAACCUAACUGAGAACAGCAACAGUAGCUCCACCCAACUGGUGCUCAGACACUGCAUCAGGGAGGGAGGACAGGACGUCCCCAGCAACAAAGACGUCACCUCACUGGACUGGAAUAGUGAUGGGACCCUUUUAGCUACGGGAUCUUAUGACGGGUUUGCCAGGAUUUGGACAAAAGACGGCAAUCUGGCGAGCACUUUGGGGCAACAUAAAGGGCCCAUAUUUGCACUGAAGUGGAAUAAGAAAGGGAACUCCAUCCUCAGUGCUGGUGUAGAUAAGACGACAAUCAUUUGGGACGCGCACACGGGCGAGGCCAAACAGCAGUUCCCCUUCCACUCAGCGCCGGCCCUGGACGUGGACUGGCAGAACAACACCACGUUCGCCUCCUGCAGCACCGACAUGUGUAUCCAUGUGUGUCGACUGGGCAGCGACCGGCCUCUGAAGACCUUCCAGGGCCACACGAAUGAAGUCAACGCUAUUAAGUGGGACCCGUCAGGAAUGCUGCUGGCCUCCUGCUCCGAUGACAUGACUUUAAAGAUCUGGAGCAUGAAGCAAGACGUGUGCGUCCACGACCUCCAAGCCCACAGUAAAGAGAUCUACACUAUUAAGUGGAGUCCCACUGGCCCGGGGACCAGCAACCCCAACUCCAACAUCAUGCUGGCUAGCGCCUCGUUUGACUCGACCGUGCGUCUCUGGGACGUGGAGCGAGGCGUCUGCCUCCACACGCUGACCCGGCACCAGGAGCCCGUCUAUAGCGUGGCCUUCAGCCCCGACGGGCGGCACCUGGCCAGCGGCUCCUUCGACAAGUGUGUCCACAUCUGGAACACCACGACUGGAGCCUUGGUGCACAGCUACAGGGGGACCGGAGGGAUUUUUGAGGUGUGCUGGAACAGCACAGGAGACAAAGUUGGCGCUAGUGCUUCAGAUGGAUCGGUAUGCGUUCUUGAUCUCCGAAAAUAACAUCCUGGCAGUUGCUUACAAGACGGACCCUGGAAUGUGCGGCAAAAGGCAUUCUGCUAUCAGCAAACACACACUCAUAGCUCAAAGCAGGCCUAGCAAUGGGGAGGAGAUCCUCCGGGUGGACACUGGAGACCGAGGAUUUUUUUUUUUAAACUACCACAAACUACUUAUUGGCAGAGGCAAUCCUCCUUUUUGGAUUUUUGUCUCCCUUUUGAAAAUCUGCUGGGUGAAUUAUUCCAAAGGCCUGGACUAAAUCCAGCUUAUUUUGUUCAGGUACCAGAGGAGGAUGUGAUAUGAGGACCUGCCCUGUGGCCGGAAGCUGCGCAGAUUAUUUGGCUAGGGUCUGAAUCAUGAGGAAUAGGUUUAGCAGGCGGAGGGCCGUGAUGUCCGACAGACCGGUGUUUUGGUGCGUUUGGCGUCAAAUUGUGGGAGCCAGGUUGGGUUUUUCGAACUACUCUGUGAAUAUGUUGGCGCCGCUGUCCUGAGAGAGAACCUGUCAGACGGGAGUGACCUUGUUGAUGCUGCACUGGUAUCCUGACAUAUGGUUGGAAUGAUACUCGGCGGUGCGGUUUCUUCGUCAGCUGUACCGCUUGCAGAAUUUUUCACAAAUUGACUUUUGAAUGUCGGGGUUGAAAAAGGUGCUGGUUCUGUACUCACAUUUAACAACAUUAAGGUCAAGGAAAAAAGAAAACUGCCAGGUUUAACGUCUACGUUUUAAUCACCCGUUGAAUUCAUUUGGGGAAAGAAAAAAAGAAAAAAAUGUCUCUACAAGAUGGGGAAAAGAGUGGUUUCUAAGUAUAUAUUCUCCCUUCUGGAUGUACAUUUAAUGAAUGUAAAGAUAUGUAAAUUAGAGAAAUACACAGACUUAUAUACUGUGUAUAUAUGUUUAUAUACAGUAGACUUUAACAUCUUCCUCUAGAGACUCAGUACUGGCUAGAAACAUCGCAUCUUUGCUGAGACUCAUUUACAAGACCCUGAUUUCAACUUAAUGCAUGUCAGAUUUUUCUUUUUCACAGUGUACGUUCUUAUUUUUCUGCCAGUUCCAUCUGCAUCAGGUUGGUGUGUACAGUCCUGUGGCACCGAGGUGCUUAUUUCACUGAUGGCUCUUAACACUUCAUGCCAUGGAGAGGAAUGUCUCAAUGUACUUGGAUUUGGACUGUGAUGUGUGAUGAGCAGGUUGAAGAUGGGAGUGUUUAAUUCUAAGGUCUGCCUAUUUUGUUGUGGUUCCCCCUGGCUCGGGUCUUGGAUGUAAAACAGGACACCCAAUGAAAUGGAGAUCAGGACAGAAAGACAUGCCGACUGAGAGGAGAGAACUUUACUGUUGUGUUGUUGUCUUAAUGUUGCUUUCGUAGCAGUGUCCUCUAGUCAUCUACUGAGUGUUUCUAACAGUACCGUCUAACAGUGGUGUUUGGCACCAUCUUGGUCUGGUGGAAACACGGCUCACAGUUUGACCAAUCAACAAGAUCUGAUUAGUCGGAAAAUGCCCCAAUGUUGCUGCCGCCCGAUCUGAUUGGUUAGUUUGACCUCUGAUUUGAGAUGCAGUAUGAUGGGUUAAGCUUUAUUUGUGUGUAGUAUGUCUUGUGCUUAGUGGGGUCUAAUGUGAGAUUAGUCUCUUUAAACUAACAAGCUACAACUUGCAGAUUGCCUUUUUACUGGUCCCUUUUUCUUUCAGUCAAGCACAUUUUUAGAGCAACGUGAAGUGCACUUUUUCAGAAGGUAGGAUCAGCUUUUGUUUGAAUUUGUGGUGAAAGAGGAAGGCCAGCAUUUUUAUUUUAAAUAUUAUUUUUUUUGGCUGUUGAUGGAUGGAUGGGUCACUGUCGUCUGACAUCUGUUUAUUUUUUAUUUUGUUUUAUUUUUUGCUGAGAGCCAUUAUUGUCUGUGUCAGACUGAGAAUCGGGGCUGUGGUUGGUGGCCAUCUUGGCAUGCUAAGAAGCCCAGUGUGGAAUAACGAGCGGUGACUGACAGCCAUCUCUCUCCCGCUCCAGUCUAGGGUAUGCUCAUCUGUUUCUAAGAGUAAACAAUGAAGUCACACUCAACGUCUGAAAUAAAUCACUCUAUUUUGAUAUUAGAAAA